CUACCAACAUUCAGGUGAAGUUUGUGUUCGGACCUCGACCGUAGAGUCACAGAGAAUCCAUUCAUGUUCGGCAGCAUACAGUGAGCACCCACAGCACGGCUCUGUCAAAGACUGCCACCACUGUGUGAUGUAAAGUAGGUGUGUGCUCAGGCUCGCCUAAGUGCAGCUGACUCACAGGAAAGGGGCAGUGAUUUUUGGGGCCCACGCUGAACUGAGUGCUCACUGUUCUUCCUACAGCGGGGGAGGAGAAGCCGAGAGGAGGACGACGGGACAGGACAGGACAGGACGGAGGAGAUGAAGUACAGGCGUCUGAUCCAGAGUGAAUGGAGAGAAAACAUCAGAUACGUCCAGUUUUGACCUGUAGUGCUGCUUUCGACCUGAGAAUCUGGAGUGGAUCUGCCUUUAGGAUCUCCUGAGUGGAUGCUGUGGACACUGUCUUAAUUCAACAUGAUCAACUAUGAGCGUCCCCCUCCAUUAGGCUUGGGGCUGACUGGGAGGAGUGUGCUGGUUCCUGAACUACCAGCACACAUGCAUGCGCACACGCUGAGUGCCAUGCCUCAGAGAUACUCCCACCAGAGGAGGAAAGCAAACACGGCUGCAGCUAGAAGAAUGGAGAGGAGACAGAGCAGGGACCGGAGGAAGAGCAGCGAGUACAACAACUCCAGUACGUGCAACAACCAUCGCUCCAAGAGGCUGGCAAUGCUCUCCAGGUCCCUGAUCCUCUGUCACUCCAAGACCAAGGAUGAAUAUCCAGAAGAGAGCCAUGCUGAAGGAGCGCUGGACGAGUGCAGGACGUGGGGCUGGAGAGCAGAUGUGACAGCCGGGGAUCAGACACAGCACAGAGACACUGAAAACCAGCAAUGGAGGAAAAACCUACAGCCAGGCCUGGAGAUGAGAGAAAGCACCGGGGCAGAGGUGUAUCACUCCAACACACUGAGGGAGAGUAAGAGGAGCAUGAGGAGGUCCUUCAGCAUCAAGGAGAGUAGUAUCUGGAGGAUGUGUGUAGCCACAGGCCCUGCUGAGGAUGUUCAUGGACCACAAAUGGCUGAUAACAGCGUUCAGACGGAGUAUAAAAACACGGGACCAGAAAAGAAUGGAGGGAACCUACACAGAGGCUGCAGCUUCCUGAGCCCAGACAAGCUGGCUCCCUUUAACGGACAGUCUCUAAACGGCUCGAUGGUCGGGGAGAGACUGAGAAGCUUUCACAUUAAGGCCAACUCUGAGGACAUUUCCACAAAUGAAGACUCUCUGUAUCCAAACAGUCUGACUGCAAGCCCGCAGCAUCCGGUGCACAUCUCUUCAUCUUGCCCACUUUCAGGAUACACAAGCGAAGAUCUCAUGGCUAACAACAACCACCUUAAGUUACCAAUCCCAGAGGUGAACGAGGAGCGAUGCUGUGAGACGGAGACUGAGCUCGGUACGCCAGCAGAGAUAGCCAGUGAAGGGAAACUUUCCAAUUCAACCUGUGUACAUCCCUACUGGAUUGGGGAUCUGGACAGCCUCAUCAUGAAGACCCCGGGACUGUACACCAGCCACCCUCAUGUGAACACUGGUUUUUAUGGAAACAGGAAGUCUCUGUCCCAGCAGCUGGAGUUUACUCACACCACAACACAGCCCUUACAGCGUCCCUCCCGCUCCCUCAGCUCCGCCCAGCUGGUUCACUCCUGCAGUAACGUUCAAGCCUUCAUCAUUUGUAACAUUGUUCUGAUGAAGGGCCACGGCAAGGGUCUGGGUUUCAGUAUAGUGGGAGGCAGUGACAGCAUUUAUGGACCGAUGGGGAUCUACGUGAAGACCAUUUUUCCUGAAGGGGCGGCGGCUGCUGAUGGACGACUGCAGGAAGGUGAUGAGAUCCUGGAGCUAAAUGGAGAGUCACUGCAUGGACUUUCACAUGACGAAGCUCUCCACAAAUUCAAACAAAUCAAAAAGGGCGUUCUGACUCUGGCGGUGAGGACGAGCCUACGUGUUGGAGCUCUGUGUGGUCAGCCUCAGGUCGCUCAUCUCUGCAGGUCACGCUCUCUCACCUCCACCACCGGUACGGCGAGGGUCAGUGCUGACAUGGGAGACUACAACCACCUGAACAACAGCUGCACGAAUACACGGAGCGAGGGGACGCUGAGCAAACUCAGAGACCGCAUCAUGAUGGAGAUCGUCCUGCAGAAAGAAGCAGGAGUCGGCCUGGGUAUCGGAUUGUGUUGUGUACCUUCUGGUGACGGAUGCCCUGGGAUCUACAUCCACAAUGUGUCUCCUGGAUCAGUAGCACAUAUGGACAGCAGACUUCAGUGUGGAGAUGAAAUCAUGGAGAUCAACAGCACAGUGGUUCACAACAUGGCGCUGAAUGACGUCUACACGGUGCUGAGUCAGUGCUCGCCAGGUCCGGUCCACAUCAUCAUCAGCCGGCAUCCUGACCCUAAAGUGUCUGAGCUGCAGCUGAAUGAUGCGAUCUCUCGGGCUGUGGAAAACAGCAAACUGAGGAGAGAUAGGAGCCAGUGGAGUAUUGACGGGCUUCGUAGGCUGGAGGCUGGCUCUCACAGCCUGCAGAGAUGCGAGCGUUGUCUCGAGAGGACUUUCAAUCAGCUGAGGGUUCAUCGAGCACAGAAGACCAUGACCCGCUCCUGUAGUGACAGCACUAACAGCCACCAACACAACUGCUUCCUCACCAUCCACAGCCCCCAUCACACACACCAUGAUCCAUCAGGACGGGUCCACAGCCUUGACGCGCCCAAGUGUACAACCAGGACGUGGUCUGACAACAGACUGUCAGUGCCCGUGUAUCCCGAUGAAGACUACAACAUCCCGUACAACUCUCCUUCUGCCAACACGCCGAGUCAGCACACUCUGAAUCUGACCCUCAGGGACAACAAGUCGACCUGCAGGGUGCGAGCUGCUCCUCCUCAGUACUGCUGGCCUCAGGAUGUGACCAGUGAGGACGGAUAUAACGGAGACUCCAGCUGCUCCAGUAGAGACUCUCCGACUAGAGAAGGACUGGAGCUCUCAUCAAAUACCAGCUGCCAGCAGGAAGCAGAAAGAACGGCAGAGCCAUCAGAGGGGAGCAGAGAAGAUUUCACUCAUCCAGACCCCUCAGCCUGCACCAACGGCGCAGUCUACACAGAUUCAUCAGCUGUCCGCUCACAGCUAAAGAGAAGAGCUCUGAGGAGACAGCUCUGUGUUGACCGGCAAACCCCAGAGAAACUUCAGGAUCCUUGGGUUCGCCUUUCAGACAGCUCACCUGAAGAGCUCCGCCCCAACGCUGCAGACCGGCCCAUCACAAACCACAGUAAGCCUUUCACCAUGAGCGACGACAACAACACCACAGAGCUCAAUGGCUCACUCACAGGCCAUGCAAACACAUCGGGGAGUCCCCCUGUAGCAAAGAAAGGCCCACCUGUGGCGCCAAAACCUGCCUGGUUUCGCCAGAGUGUGAAGAGAAUCCAGGACGAGCAGGAGCAGAUGAAGACAGCCAAACCCACAGAGCAGAGGCCUGUUGUCAGCUCAAACCGAAACUUCGGACUCAGAAGUGCUUCAUCCGCUGCUGGCCUGUCCAUCAAACAAAAGAUCCACUCCUUUGAGACUUUUUCUGGCUCAGAAAGUCAAGAGAAGGAGGGAAACAGGAGGGUUAUGGCACCUUCUACCUCUGUUACUCUGGAGGAGAAGGAGACCAGGAGUCACUUCACCAAACAUGGAGAAUCAGGAAAAAGCAAAAAUCAUACCUGCAAAGAAAAUGAGCCUGCCUCUUUUAGUAAUGCAGACAAUGAUGUUCCUCCCUCUUCCAUCAGCUCCUCCACUGAGGCAGCUUUAACUCAAACAGCAGCCAAAUGCUCUGAAGACGAGCUGAUCUCCACCCAGGUAUCCACACAGCUUCACCUCUCCGAUAGGAUCUGUGACGAUGGAGUCUCAGAGAUGCAGGGUUCCUCAUCAGCUCAGGUUCAUGAUGGCGGAGCUGAGUUAGUGCUAAAGCAGGAGUCACAGGUACAAACAGUGGAUCUCAGCACAGCUAAGUUUGAGCUCCCUACAGCAUCCAUGAUAUCCAGUGAGGCUGAAGGAGAAAAACCUCCACAAGAGAAAGACGGAUAUGGAGCACAGAGCCAAGGAGAGCUGCUGAAAAUGAGUCUGAGUGUAGAUCGUCAGCAACAGAGAGGAGGAGAGAAAGACAGCGAGAGUUUAGGGAAAAUCCUCGCCUUCAGUGACCAGCUGUCACAGGCGCUGAUGCGUUCUUUACCCAGCCAUGGUAACUUAAGCUCACCAACACCUCAGAAGCCAGGAGAGCUGGAUUUAACAAAUAUAUAUGAGUCUGAGCCGGUCCAGGACGGUACCCAACAAGGAUUCUCUGUUAGCCUGGCUGCUCUGAGAGAGCUCACCAUCGAGGGAGGAGAGGACGAGGCUGCAGCACCUUCUGCUCAUGCUCACUCUGUCAUCUCAGCCAUCUCGUCAGAGGAAAUGCAGACACUGAUCCAGGAAGUCAAAACUCUGGAUGAGGAGACACUGAAGCAGCUGGUCGACAUCCAUGUUGUGGUUCUUCAUAAAGAGGAGGGGGCUGGGCUGGGCUUCAGCAUCGCUGGAGGCUCGGACCUGGAGAGUAAAGCUCCUACGGUCCAUAAAGUAUUUCCCAGUGGCCUGGUGGCUCAGGAGGGCACCAUUCAGAAAGGAGACGAGGUGUUGUCCAUAAACGGACAAACGCUGCGCGGCGUCACUCAUGCUGACGCCACUGCGGCGCUGCGUCAGGCCCGCAGUCUGACGCUGGCUGUGGUGGUUGUUUGUAAAAGAGCAGAGGAGGGAGGGAGAGAAGGAGGGGGCUGCAAGAGUGAGGAGACCAACCCGAUGGUGGAGGAGCAGGGAGCGCCACUGACAGUGGAGCUGGAAAAAGGAGCAGGAGGUGUUGGUUUCACUCUGGAGGGAGGAAAAGGUUCAAUCCACGGAGACAGACCGUUAGCCAUCAACAGGAUCUUUACAGGAGGAGCAGCAGAGCAGAGCGGACUGCAGCAUGGAGAUGAACUUCUGCAGAUUCAGGGAGUCAGUCUGCAGGACAUGACUCGAUUUGAGGCCUGGAAUAUGAUCAAGGCUCUCCCUGAAGGAGUCAUCACGGCGGUCAUCAGGAGGAGGCAGGGGGGAGGAGAAUGACUGAAAGAAGCUGCUGGGACAUGUUGACCACGGAAAAACCAAAGACAAACAAAGCCUUAAAUUUUAAAAAAUCAGCUUUUAGCCUUUCAGUGGGGUCAUCUUGAAUCUUUGGGGGAGGCAAAUAGGAUUUAAAAUUGGGCAUAAAAUCACCCGUUGUGUAGCCAGCCUUUAAUUAGAAGAUUAAGACGAAAUGUAAAAGUUCAACAUUUUCACUUGGAUCAGAUCUUACUUGUCUGACAACUGCACUGGUACGUUAGAUUCAUGUUUUUUUUUUUAAACCUGUAAGUAUGACCAAAAAGGACCAAAGUAAAGAAAAUAGCACAAUUCUCUUCUGAUUGCACCUUUUUCUAGCCACACAGAGGAUUUUGACUGUGCUGCCUAAUAUGGCCAGGAUGAAACACAGUAGCAUCAUGACUGUUAGAUAACAAGGAAGUAGAAGUGAACCAACAAUAAUGUAAAUGUAUGAACAGAGAAAUGGGAGGUUAUUGAUCACAUUUUCAGAUCUGAUCCUGUCGUUACCACCACUUUCAUUGAGCACGAGAUUAUCGACUCUAUACAUCUGCCUGCGUUACAUAUAGAUCUACUUUUUCAGCUCGAGAUCAUUUCUCCAUGACUUUCCCUCAGUACUAUAUUAAAUAAUAAUAAACAAAAAGGCUUUUGUGCACACAAAUUUGGUCAAACACGAGCUAAAACUGUAUUUCCAUAAAUAUAUAUUUAUUUUCUUCAGUUUGAAGCUGCUUUUAUUUUUCCCCUUUAAAACCAAACCUCACCACAGCUGUACUUUUUUCGCGUUUUCAACAGCCAUGAUGUAAAAAUAUUUCAAUAGAAAUAUAUAAAUUGCCAUUCAAAUAUAAAAUAUAUGUAUGUUUGUGUUUCAGUAUUUCUUUUGUUUAUCAAGUAGGCACAGUUGUGCCAGGAUUAGGAGAUGAACUACUGAGCAGGGUUCCUACUAUGCAGUGUUAAUUUUGUCGACCAAAACUAUGACUAAAAAUGUUCGUCGGCCACCUUUUUCCCAUGACAAAAACUACAAAACAAAAAUAGAUCUGUGAUGACUAAAACUGAGAAAAACUAAGUUUAG